GAAAGUCUUUAUUAAAACAUGAUACGUUUCAUGGAGAGCUCAACCUCUUAGAGUUCUUGAGACUCUCCCCGAGUACACAGGCUUUUAUCAUUAUAUAGACAUAGUGUACGUUAUCAAAAGCUUCCAAGCAUGUUUGUGAAAUACAACAUGCAAGCAGGUAAUUCCUUUGCUCAAUAAUCAUGUCUUAGCGCAGUAAAAAAAAAUAUAAUCAGGGUACUGUUAUCUUUAUCUAUUCAAAGCUACUUCUGCCUACAACCUUGAAGUUCAGCUAUUUCAAAAAAACAGAACAUCACGUGAUUAUGCUUUGAUUCCUCCCUCUCUGUUAGCCCUUUACAGCAGUCCUGCAGAAGCAGUUUGAGGGUGCUGCGAAUUAAACUCUCUAACCCCUUAUAGUAUUUAGCUAGUAACAAAAUUUCUUCCACUAUAUAUAUAUAUAUAUGUAUACAUAAGCACAGUGUAUACAUAUAUAUUUCACAUCAGAAUGGAUGUGCAGUGACACUAAGUCUACACUAAAGGUCUGCAAUAGUUCAAGAAAACAGUUCAGCACCACCUUCUCCGAGACAACAGGGGAAACUGUCGCCCUUGUCAGCGGUGUUCACAACACAUGCACAUAUGUACAUCGGCUCCCCAAAAGCUCCUUUCCAGGAGAUCACAGAGCCCCACCUUCAACAUCUGUGUCUCCUGAAUCAAACCUGUUAGUAAUUGCCACCAGCCCCGGUUUUGGUGCUGCGAAAUAAAGCGGAGGCGUCACAAAGCCGAGGCGUCACCGUUUCCAGGGUUAUCAUCAUGGGCUCCGCUUCCUCCCCCUCAGACCGGGAGUGCCCACCUAUAAAGUUAGGUGAAGCACUUCUGACCCGCCACGGGAGCAGCGAGGAAGGAUGACUCCGACUCUGCAAGUACUGCUCCUGUUCAUUGCACUGGAACUGCCCCAGACAGCCCCCGCUCUCACCUCUGCAGAGAAGAAAGCCGUGCUUAAUGCGCACAAUGAGUUUCGCUCCAAGGUACCCGAUGCCGCCAACAUGCUGAAAAUGAGAUGGGACAGACAGUUGGAGAAAAUUGCUCAAAAGUAUGCAAAGAAAUGUGUGUGGAAACACAAUCCAAACAGAGGGAGAAUAGGAGAAAAUUUAUAUGCAACAAGUGGUCAACUAAAUCCGGUAAAAGGAGUGGAGGACUGGUAUCGAGAAGUUAAAGAUUACACAUAUGACACAAUGGCAUGCACCCCAAAAAAGAUGUGUGGACACUAUACCCAGGUAGUAUGGGCCACCAGUGACAAAGUGGGCUGUGGUGCUCACUUAUGUGAUAAACUGCAAGGUCUGAAUGGUAAUAAACUCACUAUUCUGGUAUGCAACUAUGCACCUCCAGGUAAUUACAUUGGUUCAAAACCGUAUAAGAAAGGAACUCACUGCAGUGCCUGUCCACCUGAAUAUAAGUGCAUUGAUAACCUUUGCACUUCCAAGGCAGGCACAGCUGCCUCUACUCAGCAUAUAGGUACUGAAUUGUCACAAAACCCAGAGGCCCAAGAACACCAAAAGACUCACGAGCCUAUUGGGACUGCACCAUUAUGUUACAAUUUUAAGUCAACUCUUGCGAUAUUAGUAAUUUCACAUUUUGCUUAAAGUGAGAAAUACACUGGAAUUAAUUUCACUCAAUACAGCUUUGUCUGGUUUAUCUGUUGAGAAAGUUCUCUUGGAACAGUUUAACUACUUUGAUCAGUGAGCUUAAGAUACUCUGAUCCAAAAUAAAAUCAAACCCUAAGAAGUGUAUAGCCAAGAAACUAACAGUCUGUUUGUCUGUCAAUCUUGUUGGUUAAUCCAAAGGUUGUUUAAAAUGAGAGAAAGUCAACAGGGUUUGAGAGGAACGUGUAUAUUUCAAAAACAAAGGAUAAGAACAAAUGUAAAAAAUCAUUGUAUUUCAUAAAGGGGUGAAUCUAUGGAACAGUUGUAGUGAGAAUUUAAAAACAUGCACUACACUUAAGUUUAAAAAAUUAUUUAAAAAUAAUUUAAUGAAUAAGUAUAAAAUACAUGAUUUAAAAUGAGUGGAAGUAAUGUAAAUAAAUGAUGGAAUUGGAUUUUGUGUUAAAAGAUUAUGAAUUUUUUUGUUUUGAUGUGAUUAUUGACGCAAAAUAUGUUAUUGUACAUGUAAGAGGGGUAGGCGUAAUAAGUUGUAGCUUCAGCCUACACCCUUCCAGUCUGACUGAAAUAGAAUGAUUUUUUACAUUUGUUCUUAUCCUUUGUUUUAAAGAAUAUCUAUGUUUUUUGUUGUAAUUUUGUCUUAUGAAAUCAUCGUUGAAAAUGAUGCUUUUUGUUAUGUUUGUACUGACUGAAAUAAGAUUUCAUUCAUUCAUUCAUAUCAAUUCACCUCUGUGUCUUUGUAGAAGAUUAAUCUAUAUUCUUCCUACAUUGUCUUAUCGUAUUUUGAAUGAACAUGGCCUGAAUUUUGCAGUUGGUGACAAAUGUAUGGUUUCUGCAACUCAUUGUAUUUACAUUUAUUCAUUAGCUUUUGCACUGUAACAUGGUUGUGAAUGCAAACUCAUCCACAACUGUGAGCUGAACAAGUAUUUUCUUAACCAGAAAUAAUUCUUCCAAGCCGGCUGGAGUUAGAAUGGUUAAUUCAACUCAAAUCAAAAUUAGAAAGCAAAUUAGAGGUAGGAGGAGAUGUGACUAAGGGAGAGGGAGGAAGUGUGAGAGAGAAAAAGGGAGAGGGAGAGGGAGAGAGGAAAGGAAAAGGUAAAACUUAGUAUUUUUAUUUUUGAUUCAAAAUCUCCAGCACUACUAAAUCCUGAAUCCAUGCUUGUAAAUGUUAAUUUUCAGUUCAGGGAGACCUUUUAGUACAGCAAUUAAGAGUGUAAGUAAUAUCUUAACUUGGGUUUAGUUGUUGUUAAGCAAACUCCAGGCCACUAACUUUUACUGGAAUGGUUUCUAAGGCACUGUGGCGACCCACUUUCUGCGCAGGCGAACCGGCUCACAAAUAGCCCCGCGGUGGGGGGGGGGGGGGGGACUUUGGUAACGCGCCUCCGACGUCAUUUCCGCCCGGAGAGGGCGGGCGCUAGGGAUUUAAAUGCCAGCGCCACGAAGUUUGAAUAAACUAGUCUCGAAACAACUUACUGACUGUGUGUAGCACAUCGCUACAGCACCAACAAUUCUCUGUUUCUGGGAUGUUGAAGAACAGAAGUGUAUAAAGGCUUAAAAUUGAGGGAAACAAAUAAACCAAAAAAUAACAUACUUUGUAAAUUUCUACCAUUCUUGAACUACUUUCAAAACCUUUGAUUUGGUGUUAAAGUACAGAUGUUGGCUAAUAACAUAAAUCACUAUGUGAUAAGGAUUUUUUUCCAUCUUUCUUUCUUUACCAAACAGCUUCAACUUUGGUAGUGAGUUUAGCUUCUUUUUUUAUAAUAAAAUUAUUACAAUUCAUAUUGCAAUUUAAUUAAUGUACAAUAUAGAGUACUGCUAUUGCAAGUGUGAUUUAAACAUAAUGUAUUUGGUACUAUUCUAUAUUUUUAUUCAUAAUAUAUAUCCUCGUGCUCUAUAUUCUACAUGAAAAUUA